AUGUCGGACAUUCUGCUGAAGCACUGCAAGUCUGGGACCCUCCUCCUGAAUGUGCAGCAUCAUACUACUCUUACCUAUGAUACUCUCAGGUUCGAAUAUGAAGACUUCCCUGAGACCAAAGAACCUGUUUGGAUCCUUGGCCGGAAAUACAGCGUUUUUACAGAGAAAGAAGAGAUCCUGUUGGAUGUGACCUCUCGGCUUUGGUUCACCUACAGAAAGAACUUCCCUGCUAUUGGAGGAACUGGUCCCACAUCUGAUACUGGCUGGGGCUGUAUGCUGCGGUGUGGCCAGAUGAUCUUUGCUCAGGCCUUGGUCUGUAGGCAUUUGGGAAGAGACUGGAGGUGGAUAAAAGGGAAGAGGCAGAUGGAUAAUUACUUCAAUGUUCUUAAUGCCUUCAUUGACAAAAAAGACAGCUACUAUUCCAUUCACCAGAUAGCCCAGAUGGGAGUUGGAGAGGGAAAAUCCAUAGGUCAGUGGUAUGGACCAAACACAGUCGCACAAGUGCUCAAAAAACUUGCAGCUUUUGAUACAUGGAGUUCACUGGCAGUACAUAUAGCCAUGGACAACACUGUAGUGAUGGAAGAAAUCCGGCGGUUGUGCCAGUCCAACUUCCCGUGUGCUGGAGCUGCAGCAUGCCCUGCUGUGGAGUCAGACGUACUCUACAACGGGUACCCAGAGGAAGCGGGGGUUAGAGAUAGGCUCUCACUGUGGAAACCAUUGGUGCUGCUGAUACCUCUCCGCCUUGGGCUCACAGAGAUCAAUGAAGCCUAUAUUGAAACACUGAAGCACUGCUUCAUGAUGCCCCAGUCGCUGGGAGUGAUCGGAGGGAAACCAAACAGUGCUCACUACUUCAUUGGCUAUGUAGGUGAGGAACUCAUUUACCUGGAUCCCCACACUACGCAGCCUGCAGUGGAGCCCAAUGACAGCGGCUGUCUCCCUGAUGAAAGCUUCCACUGCCAGCACCCUCCCUGCAGAAUGAGCAUUGCUGAGCUUGACCCCUCCAUUGCAGUGGGCUUUUUCUGCAACACAGAGGAGGACUUUAACAAUUGGUGCCAGCAAAUCAGAAAGCUGUCCCUUGUAAGAGGAGCGCUGCCGAUGUUUGAACUGGUUGAACGCCAGCCAUCGCAUUUCUCCAACCCUGACGUCCUGAAUCUCACACCAGACUCUUCUGAUGCUGACAGAUUGGAAAGGUUUUUUGACUCGGAAGAUGAAGACUUCGAAAUUCUAUCCCUUUGAAAACAAAUAGGAAACUGACUCUGCAAAUUUGUGUUAUGUGUGGGGAGAAGGGGGGGAGGGAAGCUCCUUCGAGCCUGGGGCUACCAGUUUUCAUAGGUGCUUGCUGCCAUCCCCACCUCUUGUUCACCCUGGCAUUCUGUGCAGCCUCUGAGUGGAGCGCGGAUGAAGAAUCAAGUGAGUGACACAGCCUUACUGUCUGGAGUCAGAAUUUCUCAGUAGAAAACAGUUGCUGGAAGUGGAUGCAGUGGUGCUUAGGAGUUCAAAGACUUAUCUGUUACAACAGCAAGUCAGAUGGCCUCUGGGGGAGGCAUAGAAAUCAUUAAUCCUUACAUGGGGACUCUCCUCUGAAGCUUAAAUAGAGCCACCCAUCAUUUA